AGCUUGGUCAGCUGGGCAGCAAGUAAGCGAGGUAGCCAACAUUCAACUCUAAGAUCAGUGGGCAAGGUGGGGUCCUACCAACAACAGCUAAGAACGUGAGAACUGCUGAGAGAACAGAGAGGAAUAUACUUACAUAAUAUACACAGAGAAAUAUAGACAUGGCGGGGCUCUCUUUCACAAGAAAAAUGCAAGGGCAGCUUUGUAGCCCUGGGGAAAAUGCCACGUUUGAGGCUACAGGUAGCACAGCUAGUGGUAUCACAGCAACAUGGCUCAGGGACAACAAACCCCUUGAUGAUAAACUGGCAGAUAGAGUUAAAAUCUCCAGUAAAGGAAAUAUGUUCACAAUGGUUCUCAUGAGCUGCAGACCUGAGGACUCAGGACAGUACACUUGCAGGUUGACCGCUGAAGGAGGCGAGACAGCUACCUGCUCAGCUAAUCUUGAGGUACACAACUUAUCUGCUGCAGAGAAGAAGGAACGCGAGGAGUCCUCACACCCUGUAUUUAUUGUCAAGUUGAGAAACUCUGAGUUCAUCAAGGACUCAGCGGCAUCCUUCAUGAUCCACUGUAGGGGCAACCCCACUCCAGACGUCAAGAUUUUCAAGGAUGGUUCUGAAAUUAUUGAGUCUGGUAGAGUUACAGUUAACAGAGAACAUGCUGCACAUGGAAGCUAUGAACUAGUUAUUCACAAGGUUGAAGACAGUGAUGCAGGAACAUAUAAGGCAGAAGCACAGAACACACAUGGUAAAGCGGAUACGGAAGCAAAAGUCACAAUUAAAGAUGCCAAGGAUGUGUUUGCACUUCUCAAAGGAAAAGAGAAAACUCUAAAACCAGGAGAGGAGCCAACAUUUACCUGGUUCAAGGGGGGCCAGGAGUUCGACCCUGAUGAUAGAUUUAAGGUGCUGUUCAAAGAUGAAGAAGAUACCCUUGCUCUAGUAUUCCAACAUAUCAAUCCUGAAGACGCAGGAUUGUAUACAUGUGUAGCCAACACAAGCGGAGGAAAAAUUGCCUGUAGUGCAGAACUGACUGUUGAAGGAUCUGUCACUCAGAUGUUGAAAGCUCCAGAACCACCUAAGAUCCUUGCCCAACUCACACCAGCAGAAACAUCCCCUGGUGGUUCUGCAAUGAUGGAAUUGAAAAUGAAAGGAUAUCCUCGGCCAAAUAUUAGAUGGACAAAGGAUGGAAAGCCUCUUGUUGCUGGAGACAGGCACAAGUUUGUUUAUCCCGAUCCUGAAACAGUUGCUCUUAUUAUUAAUAAAGUUACUGGUGAGGAUGUUGGUUCUUACAAGGCUGUUCUUCACAACGAUCUUGGUGAGGUGGCAACUGAAGCUAAAUUGGUGCUUGCUGGAUCUCCUCAGUUCAAGGAUCCAAUUGGAGAUGUUAAAACUGGUGUUGAUGAUCCAUACAAGAUUAUUGCCAAGGUAACUGGCAAUCCUGAACUUACUUGGUACAAGGAUGGUGUCCCAAUCAAGGAAGAUUCAAGGGUUAAAUGUGUGAAGAAGGAUGCUGAAACUUUUGAAUUGACCUUCCAAAAAACUGCUACUGAAGACAAUGGUAACUGGGCUGUGAUUGCCAGAAACCCACAUGGAGAAAUGUCCCAAUUUUUUACUUUUGCUGCACAAAUGUUGCCCAAGUUUGAAUCUAAGCUUGCUGAUGCUGAAGCAAAUGAGUCUAAACAAGUGGUUCUGAAGUGCAAGAUUAAGUGCGAGCCAAGACCAGAUAUCAAGUGGUUUAAGAAUGGUCAAGAGAUUACAAAAGAUCCCAGGGUCAAGGUUUAUGUGGAUCCUACUGGUAAUGACUGUCUGACAAUCAACAGUGCUAGCAGAGGAAUGGCUGGAGAGUAUGAAAUCAAAGCUACAAAUGAAAUGGGAACAGCAUCUUGCAAGUGUAAUCUUAAGGUUAACACCAAACCAUCUUGUGAUGACCUUGAAGAUCCUGUUGAAGCAUUUGAAGGUGAUGAUUUUACAUUUAGCAUAGAAUGUGAUGGAAGCCCUAAACCAGUGGCAAAGUGGACCAAAGAGGGGAAAGGGAUUGAUACCUCUGCCAAAGACUGCAGGUUUUUGGUCACAGAAUCUGGUGGAUGUUACAAGUUGAAGAUCAGCCAGCUUACUAUGGAUGAUGAGGGAAACUAUGGUGUUGAAUUUACUAAUAGAGCGGGAGACAAAAAGUUGUCAUCAGAGCUAAAAGUGCAUUCACUAGAAGAAUUGAAGAUUCCAAAGUGUAUGGCUGAUCUGAAAGAUAAAAAAGCAAAUAAGGGAGCCAAAACCUUUUUCAAUAUUAAGAUCAGAGGAGAGCCUAUUCCUGAGGUCAAGUGGUAUCUCAAUGAUGUUGAAAUUGUUGACAGUGAAGUUAUGAAGAUUUCUGUUAAAGAAGAUGAACAUGUUUAUCGUCUCGACAUUCUGGAUGUUCAAUCCAAUACUGCUGGAAAAAUCAAGGUAAUUGCUAAAAAUGAGAAUGGUGAAGACAUGAAAGAGGGAUCUCUAGAGGUACAGUUUUCCCCAGAGAUUGAUGAAAUUGGAGAAUGGAAAGCUGGUCCUGGAGAUGAGGCAAAAAUCAUUGCCAAAGCUAAGGCUUUCCCCUUUGCUGAAGGAGUUUGGUACAAGAUUCUUGAAGAAGGAGUUGAUGGAGGAGAAGCUAAAAUGGAAAAGAUUGAUAAAGAUGACAAAGCAUGGGCAAGAUAUUCAUCAAAUUAUGAAGAAAGUGGACUAGAAGCUACAUAUACUCUUACCAUUAAAGAUGCUGUUUUAGAAGAUGCAGGAUCUUAUGAACUUUGCUGCACAAAUAGAGUAGGUCACUCUGAAGCAAGAGCUAAACUUCUUGUGAUUACAGAAGAACCAUCAUUCCCCAAGCCUUUGGCUGAUAUUACGACCACUCUUGGAUCAACAGCUAUCUUUGAAGCAGUUGUUGCAGGUGUACCAAGACCAACUGUUGAGUGGUUUCAAGGUGAUAAGCCUUUGCAGAAGGGUAAGAGGAGGUUGUUUGAAGAAGAACUUACUAAUGAAGGAACAGUGUACAAGAUGACUGUUCGGGACAUCAUCAUGAAAGACUUUGGAGAUAUAAUUUUGAAAGCCAGCAACAUGGUUGGCGAAAGUGUUUCUCCAUGCAUCUUCCAAAUUAUCCAAGUCAAGCCUACCAUAAUUGCUGAUUUCCCCAAAAUGCAAGAAGUCAAAGAAGGUGGAGUGUUUGAACUAACUGCUAAGAUUGAUGGAUCCCCACCUCCAACAGCAGUCUGGUUAUGUGAAGGCGAAGAAAUUAAGGCUGAUGGUGAGAGAGUUAUCAUUACAGUUGAAGAGGCAGAUGAUGGAAAUGGUAUUAUUUGCACUCUAAGAAUUACCAAAUGUGGAGAUGAAGAUAAUGGCAAGUAUACUUUGUUGGUUAAAAAUACUGCUGGAGAGACUAAACUGGAAACUAUGCUUGAUGUUAUGGGCAAGCCUAAACCUCCUAAGGUAAUCAAUGAAAUUGAUCCCAAAGAAAUUGUUAUUCCUGGAAAGAAAGAUCUCAGGUUGAAGGCUAAGAUUUCAGGAUUCCCUAUGCCAACCAUUAGCUGGUUGAGGGAUGGUAAUGAAAUUAAGGUACGCAAAGGUGUUCUUAUCUCUCAAGAUGCAAGUGGUGGUGCUACCCUGGUUGUAGAGAAAUGCUCCCUGUCUGAUGCUGGUACCUAUACAGCUAAAGGUGUGAAUGAUGUUGGAGACUGUGAAACAUCUUGCACUGUGCAAGUCACCCAAGCUAUGGAAGAACCUAAGUUUACCUCAUUACUUAGAUCUGCAAAGGCUGUGGAAGGUUCACCUAUUAAGCUUGAGGGUAAAAUGGUUGGACAUCCUCAACCUGAAAUCAAGUGGAUGUUUAAUGAUCAAGAAUGGGAACCAGACAAUAACAGAAUCAAACAAUUCACUAAUCCAGAUGGCACUUUUGGUCUCAUCUUUGAAAGCACUACAGCUGAGGAUAAGGGAGCUUAUGUUGCAAUUGCAUACAAUAGUGAGGGCACAGCUAGAUCCCUGGCCAACAUUGCUAUUAAGACCAGACUGAAGGAAGGUGUUGAAACAUCUGCACCCAGCUUUGCUCGUCCAUUGGGAGAUAUCUCUGUUGAUGAGGGUCAAAAACUCAGAAUAACUACACCCAUCAAGGGUAAUCCCAUUCCAGAGUUUUCAUGGUCUAAGAAUGGAGCUCCAUUGGAUGCAAGAGCACACUUCUUUUCUGAUGGAGAACUUAUUGGAGUUGAAAUUGUUGAUGCUAAGGUAUCUGAUUCUGGUGCAUAUGAAUGCCAUCUCUCUAACUCAUUGGGAACUACAACUGGGGUUUGCAAUGCAGAGGUUAAGAAAGUCUACUCUAUUCCAUUGUUCUCCAAACCCUUGAAUAAUGUCAAACAAUUGCUGAACUGUGAUGCUAAAUUCAUCUGUGAAGUUGGUUCAAACCCUAAGCCUGAGGUUGAAUGGUUCUUCAAUGGCGAACCUGUAGUUGAAGAUAAACAUCACAAGCUUAAGACUAAUGGCAUGACUCGCAUGCUACUGAUUAAAAAGAUUCAAGAGUCAGAUGUUGGUAGCUAUACUGUAGUUGCCAAGAAUCAAGAGGGCACUGUAGAAUCAAGAGGAUCUCUAGAGAUAGUUGAAUUUGUUGAAAAGGGAAGACAAGAUGCUCCUGAGUUCCUUAAGAAGAUUGGUGAUGAACUAGUCUUCAGAGGAAUGGCUGCCAGGUUUACUGCACUUGUGACUGGCACUCCAGAACCAGAGUUCGAAUUCUUCUUUAAAAAUAAACCCCUGUUUGCUACUGACAGAAUUCACAUUGUUAAGGAAAGAACUGGCCUUAUUCGUCUCAGCAUGGCAUAUGUUGAAGAAUCUGACAUUGGAAACUAUAGUCUUAGAGUUUGGAACAAGUUUGGAGAAGCUACCUGUGAAGCUAAGCUUAUCUAUGAUGGACUUGAUGUUCAACCUGGACAAUCUCUUGGAAACUUGUACCAAGGAUUUGAAAAAUACACUCUUGGUGGCCUUCCCAUGCCGAUGCCUGAUAAACCUCUCAUUACUCAAAUGGGAGACACUAAGGUAACUCUGACUUGGAAACCAGCACUUCCUCUUGGUCCCAAUCUUGCACCAUACUAUAUGGUUGAAAUGGCUGAAUAUCCUGAUGGAGAUUGGGAAGAGGUUUAUGAAGAAGUAAGAGGAAUCACUUGUGAUAUCAAUGGAUUGACCCCAUUGAGAGAUUACAGGUUCAGGUGUUCUGUCAGAAAUCGUUUUGGAUUGAGUGAUCCCUCUCCUUACUGUGUGGCCCACAGGUCUAACUUUGCAGCUGAUUGUGGACCAAAAGAACUUUUCCUUAGACCUGGAGAACCUUUUGAUCUCACUGCAUCUACAAGAUUCCCUAAAGGAUUUGAUAUCUACAAAGAACCCUAUGAAGGUUAUACUCAUCGCCCUCAUUUCUUAAAGCAGGAAGAAGUAUCCCAAUAUUCAGUCAAAAACUCCUGCCCUGAAAUCACGUGGAACUUGUAUGGCUUUCCUAUGCCUUCUGUUAGCUUUAAGUUUGAAGGAAAAGCUCUUGAAAUUGAUGGAGAUAAGUUUACCAUGAAUUACACAAGGAAUGGUGUUGUUAAACUGCAAGUCAAUAGCUUCCAGGCAUCUGAUGUUGGAACAUAUGAGUGCAUUGGUGUCAAUGAUCAUGGAGAAAUGAUGCAACCUGUUCUUGUCAUGAUGGCUCAGUACCCUGAAUUUAUCAAAGCUCCAACUGAUGUGCAUCUUAUUGGUGUUAAUGGAGGAAAGAUUGAAUGUGAGGUUUAUGGUGUACCAAAACCUGCAAUUAAAUGGUACAAGGACUUUGCUCCUUUGAAGGAAACAUCUCGUGUCCAGGCUCAUCACUAUCCUCCCCAAACAUUUACUCUUUUCUUUGAAGACUACAUUACCAAAGAUGAAGGUUUGUAUACUGUCACUGCUUCCAAUAUUUGUGGAUCCAUUUCUCACUCUGUCAUGGUUCGUAUUCUUGAGGAUGAACAAGAAUUUGAAUGGAUGACUUAUCGCAGAACAAAGCAGAUCAUUCCCAGAACCAAGGGAUUUGACAAAUUUUACCACACUUGUGAGGAGAUUGGUCGUGGUACACAGGGUGUAUGCUACUUUGUUCAGCAGAUUGUUCCUAUUGAGACUGAACAGUCUGGCCAUCAUGCAAUUGAAGAGGCAGAAUCCAAAUACUGGUGGCUUCAUAGAAGUGUAAAGCAAGGAGGACAACCAACUCAAGAUCCUUGCAUGAUUCCAUACAGAUUUACUGGUGGAAAUUUUGCUGCUAAGAUGAUGCAUGGCCAUCAAUACAAAGCCUGGAUGAUGAAUGAAUUUGAAAUGAUGAAUGUUCUUCACCAUCCUCGUCUUAUUCGUUUAGUGGAAGUGUAUGAUUCCAGGGAUCAGAUGACUUUAAUCACUGAACUUGCAACUGGUGGGGAGCUUCUUGAUGUUAUUACAUCUGAAAAAUACAUCACUGAGAUUGAAAUUGCCAGAAUUAUUCAGCAAAUGCUUGAAGGUAUUGAGUACAUGCACUCCAAGAGCAUUGGACAUCUUUCUCUUACUCCAUGUGAUGUUCUCUUUACUCGUCCAGGAGGUACUGAAAUUAAGAUCUGUGACUUCUCCCUGUCAAAGAGAAUUGUAGGAGUUGUGAAGAUGGAGUAUGGACAGCCUGAAUAUGUUGCACCUGAAAUCGUAAAUGGAGAAGGAGCAACCUUUGCCUCUGAUAUGUGGUCUGUUGGUAUCAUAACUUAUCUUAUGCUCUCUGGUGUUUCUCCGUUUAGAGGACAAAAUGACAGAGAAACUCUUCAGCGUAUUCAGAUGGGAGAUAUUGACUUUGAUUUUGAGUUGUGGCAAAAUAUCUCAAGAGAAGCUAAGCACUUUGUUGCCAAUCUUCUAGUCUAUAAACCUGAGGAGCGUAUGAGUGUCAGACAGUCUCUUGCUCAUCCUUGGCUCCAGAUUCUGAAGCAACCUGGCAUUGAGAUCAGUGAGCAAUAUCAAAUCAGCACAGAACGUCUUAGGAAUUACUAUGUUGGGCUUAAGGAAUGGAUAACUAAUGCAUCAUGUGAUUUCCUGUAUCGUCGUAGACCUCUUCAUGGAGCAUUCACCCAUCCAUCCUGCAUGGUUUAUCCACCAGGAGAACCUGCUCCUGAACCUGAACCAGAGCAAGCUCCAGUUGUUGAGAGAGAAGAAUACAAAAGGCCAGAGUACACUGUUGAGGCCUUUGAAAAUCCAUCCAAUUACCAGCAUGGACCAGAUACAUACCUUCUCCAAGUCAGAGAUGCCGAUUUCCCAGCCAGGUUGAGAGAAUAUCUCAGUGUUGCAAGAACCCAGAGUUCAGAGUUUAAGGAUGUUAAGUGCCCAAUUAUCAAAGAGAGAAGGCGUUUUACUGAUGUCAUGGAUGAGGAAAUGGAAGCUCAGAGAGAUGCUCGUCUGGAUGCCUGGAGCAAGGAUGACUUCUCAGUUUUCAAGCCUAAGAAGAUUGCUUCUGGAGAGGAAGUUGAGAUUACUACUACCAGAGAGGUGAUUGAUGGUGUUACUCCAUUCUUCAGAGAAAAGCCCAGGGAUGUGGCCCUUACAGAAGGAGAACCCCUGAACCUGUCUUGUCUGGUUGCCAGUGAUCCUAGAGCUGCAAUCCAAUGGUUGAAGAAUGACCUCAUCUUCAUGGAUGAUUCCAGACUGAGAGUUGAAAACACAGAGGAUGGAUGGAGCCAUCUUACUCUUGACCCUGCAAUGCCAUCAGAUGCAGGACUUUACAAGGUUGUUGCCCGCAAUCCUCUUGGCCAAUCUACCUGUUCAGUAAGAGUUGUGCUCGGAGAUAUCUCUGGACCUCCUGAUUCACCAAACAUUGAAGCCAUGACAGACACAGAUAUUCUUCUGUCUUGGCAGACUCCAGCUCUGUUGAAUCAUAGCCCUGUCAUCUGCUACAAAGUCCAAAUGGGAUACAUUGAUACUGACAUUGAUUGGGUUGAUCUUGCUGAUGAUAUUACUCAUGAAUACUUUGUUGUUGACAACCUACGUCCAUCUCAUGGAUACAAGUUCAGAGUUCUUGCCAAAAACCAAUUUGGAUGGUCUAUUCCUUCCAUUCCAUCUGGAAUUGUUAUGACUCCAUCAUCAGGAGCUUCUAGAGCUGAGUUUUAUGAUGCUCUCCAGCAGGUUCAAGCCAAGGGAGAUAUUGAAGAGGUCUCUACUGUUCUUUCUUAUGACUGUGAGAAGAAACCCAUGAAAAUCAGGGCUGAGAACCCUGGAUCAGUGGAUUUCAUGAAUGAAAUUUCUAAGGGUAGAUUCUCUGUUACUGCCAAUGUUAACAAGGAGGGUAAAAUGUACUCUGUAAAGGCUUUUGACAAAGCUGAUCCAGAGGGAAAUGAGGCUGCUCAGAGAGAGUUCAAGAACUUGAAAACUCUACGCCAUGAGAAAAUUGUAUCUCUUCUAGAUGCUUUUGACAAUGACAAGCUUACACUUCUUCAGUUUGCACCUCUUCCUUCUACUGAUGUCCUAACCUACAUCGCAGAGAGAUCCAGUUACACUGAACAGAUGGUUGCAGAAAUUGCUGGUCAGGUCCUUGAUGCCCUUGACUAUAUCCACUGGAGAGGAAAGGUCUAUCUAAACCUUGAACCUGCUAAUAUACUUGUUACAUCUGGCAGAUCCCUAGGAAGAACCGUCCAGGUUAAACUAGCUAACUUUGAAACAACUCAGACUGUUGCUACCACCGGAACUCAGAUCAAGGGAACUUACAACUUUGAUUAUGCUGCUCCUGAAAUCAUUGAGGAAGCUAAGGCUUAUCCUCAGUCAGAUGUCUGGUCUCUUGGUGUGCUUCUCUAUGUUCUUAUGUCCGGCCAACUUCCUUUCAAAGGAGAGACUCCUGAAGAAACCAAGGAUAACAUUCUCCAAGUCAGGCUGAAGUUUGAAUGGCUUUACAAAGAAUGCACAAUGGAAGGAACAAGGUUGCUAAUGUGGAUCUUCAAGCGUAUGCCAUACAGAAGACCAAGUCUUGAGGAAACUGGAGCACAUAGAUGGAUUAACUCUGCAGAUUAUAUGCUCAAGAAGAGAAUGAGAGCUAAGUUCCCAACCAACAGAAUCCAGGCAUUUGCUAGGGAAUAUCACAGAUCUAGACCAUCGAUGGACCAGGACAGCCAGUCCUUCCUAGCUAGGCUUACACAAUAAGCACUAAAACCAAUGCAAUGUUUAGUCAGGGCAAAAAAUGUAUAGUUGUUAAAUCGUUUGAGAGUUAUUAAAGUUGCUUUCAUUAAAAAAUGGUUUUGCCCAGUCAGAUACCUCAAGUCCCAAAUUCCCAAUUGCAGUUACCCAAACUGCCGACAUUCCCUAAACUGCUCAAAUAUAGUAAUAUUAGCAACUUGUCAUAUUAUAAAUUAUAAAUAUCUAUAUGAAAUGUUAAAUAUAAAUUUGUAUAAUUGUU